AUGAUCUCCGCAUAUUCCCAAGACCAAUUAUCCAAGUACCUGAUCUACAUCGCCUUACCAACCCCUUACGAAAAAUACAUCUCAAACCCCUCCUCAUUCCCAAAAACCAACGAAGCCCUGACAGCCCUAUUCCGCUGCCAAAUAACCAGAUUUCCAUACGACAAUCUCUCAGUGCACUAUUCCGCGACCAAUCUCGCAAACAUCGAGCCGCAGAGCAUUUACGCCAAGUUUCUGGGGCCACAGGGUGACCAAGCCACGCGUCGCGGGGGUUAUUGUCUUGAAUGCAGUAUCUUCUUUCAUCACGUUUUACUUGGACUGGGAUUUUCGGUUUACCUCACCGGCGUGAGGAAUCGGGCUCGCAUUGAUGGGAUUCCGCAGGGGGAAUUCAAGGGAUGGACACAUAUUGUGAAUAUAGUUCGACUUCCCGAUGGAAAGGAGUAUCACACCGAUGCUGCGUUCGGUGGAGACGGACCGACCAGACCUCUGCCGUUGAUUUCGGGCAAAGUGUGGCCGAACCUUGGUGCGCAGGAGGUGCGGCUUGUUUAUGGUAAUAUGCCAAAACAGCAGCGGCCGGAGCAGAAGGUUUGGAUGUAUCAGUAUCGGAAUGGUGCGGAGAAGGAGUGGAAUACUUUUUACAGUUUUGCCGAGUUUGAAUUCUUCCAGGAUGAUUUUGAGGUGAUUAACCGGUAUACUAGCUGGGAGGCGCGGGAAAGGGGUAAUUUUUGGGUUGUCAAGUUUCUGCGCAAUGGGGAGACUGCCGGUCUUCCUGUGCUUGAGGGCGAAGCGUUGAAUGAGAGACCGGAGGAUGUCUACGUGGUGGGGAAAAUCAUGUUUGUUAAUGAUGUGGUGAAGGUGAAUUUUGGCGGCAGGACGAGGGUGAUUGAUGAGUUUAAAACAGAAGAAGAGCGGGUCAGCGGGUUGAAGAAAUGGUUUGGUAUUUCUCGGCUUGAUUAG